AUGUACCGAAUGAAGAUAAAGGUCCAGACGCAUCCGCUUAACACGCGUGUCACCCGAUUGCUUCUGGCGGCGACCUGCCUGUUUACGACUGUCAUCGUUGGCUUCAAGCUGUACCGCAUAGCGUUCCCGCACGGCGAGAUCAAGGAACGAGAGCUCUCCGGAUGGUUCGAGCAGGACCCCUUCGUACCUGACAGGCUUCCAAAUGACCUCGUGCCCGACAUGUACACCCUCUCGAUCAACGCCACCAACGUCACUUUCAGCGGGAACAUCACCAUCAAGGUCAUCUGUAAGAGAAACACCUCGUACCUCCUGCUGCACGCGGCUCCCAGCCUGCACAUCUCGUCUGUCCAAGUCGAGGAUCGCACGGAGCCAAACUUUACGGUGAAGGUGUUCGACCGCCUACGCAGCAACGACAUGCUCAUCGUCAAGACUACGGGCAGGCAGUUCAUACCAGCGCGAACUUACAUGGUGGCGAUAUCCUUCGAGGGAAAGACGCUGCGCUAUCCCGAACAUAAAACUGGUCUGGUGUGGCUACAGCAACCUGGCGGUUACGAGAGCAUCAUGUUCCUCAACGAAGGUCGGGCCGCGCGCCGAGUGUUUCCCUCGUUCAACAGGCACAGCUCCCGCGCCGGUUUUAAACUGGACGGCCUCGUGCGGCGUGGCAUGGUGCUGUGCAGCAGCCAGCGUCCCAUCAAAGACCAGGACGACGAGCUGGUCGAAGACCGCGGCGGCCCGAGGGACGUGUUCCGCGUGCGAUUCCGAACCAUCGACGCCAUCACGAGCGACCGGCUCAGCUGGUUCCAGACCAACCUCGCCAACAGCGCUCUGGGCUCGGACGUCGUCAUGUGGAACACCGAGGAACGCCUGAGUUUGAUGACCGAGCCGCUGAAAGUUUUCGAGACGUCGCUGGCAGCAGUGACCCGCCGCUACCCGUCUCUGACUAUCCCCAAGCGCAUUCACGUGGUGCACCUGCCGGACUUCAACCAGACAAUGAUUUGCUGGGGCAUUAUCUACUCGUCGCGCUUCGAAGCCAACACUGAACACCUGGAAGAACGCCUUAAGCUAGCGUGGAGGCUUCGGUUCCAGUUCCAGGUCGCCACUAUCCUGGCCAGUUUCACCUUCGGCCACACCGUCACACCCCGCUGGGCCAACGACGUUUGGGCUUGUCAGCGGCGGUAG